AUGGACGGUGGAAGAGGUGUCCUGGCCGAGUUCCGCAACAUGUUUAGCUCGUUCACACCACUCUGCCUUCGAAAUGCAUUAGCCUCCUUGAUGAUGCGAUUGUGCUCGCCUCCGCUGUUACGGCGCUUUCUCUUGGGGCCCUCCAUCACAGUAUCUUUGCGCGGUCGAAGCGACAUCUUCGGACUGUACUCCUGCAACCUCAACACGGGAUACAAUAAACAGACGACUCAGCCCGAGGAUUUCGCAGCUGAUGCAGGCCAAGACGAAAGAACGCCGAUUCCACCACAGAGCAACGAGAAAAAGACUGCACCUUCAAAAGAAGAAUCGCGCGGUUUUGCUGCGAAAUACGCAUCCUACCUGCAAUUUCAAAAAGAAAAUCCCGGCUAUGACCAACUGGCCGAUGAUAUACGAAGAGGGCAGGCCUUUGAAGCUGGCCUGGCGAGGAGACGCGAGAGCAGGGAGCUUUUCUUCUUCUACGGUACUCUGAUGGAUCCUGAUAUCGUGCAAGAGGUGAUGGGACUACCGGAGCCGCCGGUGUUAAAGCCUGCAUUGCUCAGGAAUCGGGGUCACCUGAGAAUGUGGGGCCCUUAUCCGGCAUUUCUAGCGGACCAGGAGCCAAGAGUGGACGUUAAGGGAAUGGCAUGUGAGAUCGAGGGGACUGAGAGGAAGGACCGGCUGGCGACGUACGAGGGUGAUAACUACGAUGAGACCAAAUGCUUUAUUAAUCUCGUCACCGAGGAUGGCGAAACAGAUUUCAUUGUUGCGAGGGUGUUCGUUUGGAUUGGACACGAGGAUGAACUGAGUGAUGGAUCAUUCAACCUGGAGACAUACAAACAGGUCAAGGCGAAGCUCUACCAUGGACAGACUAAGAUUAUUGGCCAUCUCGUGAUCGGCGAGGAGCAGAUGAGCAUACAGGUGCUGGUGGUCAAAGGUAUCGGGCCGGACCGGGUUCGAUGA